AUGGAUAUCAACACUCCACGCUUCCAUCAAAUGAUUUCAACUUUCCUUCUCAUUCUCGUUUCUGUUUCACGGUUCGCCUCAGCGUCUCUCAAAGUGGGUUUCUACAUCUCUGCAUGUCCUUCCGCAGAGGAAAUAGUGAGAAGUGCUGUAAACAAAGCCAUUUCUGAAAACCCAGGCAUAGCUGCUGGUCUCAUUAGGAUGCAUUUCCACGACUGCUUUGUCAGGGGCUGUGAUGGGUCUGUGUUACUAUCAUCUACCCCGGGGAACCCAAUAGCCGAGAGGGACCAUUUUGCCAACAACCCAAGCUUACGUGGCUUCGAGGUGAUUGAGGAGGCCAAGACCCAGUUGGAGGCUGCAUGUCCUCAAACGGUGUCGUGUGCAGACAUAUUGGCAUUCGCUGCACGAGACAGUGCUCUCAAAGUUGGUGGCAUAAACUACGACGUCCCAUCAGGACGCAGAGACGGUCGUGUCUCUAUCGCCGAUGAAGUGGCACAGAAUCUGCCUGCACCAACCUUGAGCGCCGAUGAACUUGUGAAUAGAUUCGCACAAAAGGGUUUGUCUGCAGAUGAAAUGGUCACACUUUCAGGAGCCCAUUCGAUCGGUGUGUCGCACUGUUCUGCCUUCUCAAAGCGCUUGUACUCUUUCAAUGACACGUUCACGCAGGACCCCUCCAUGGACUCUUCCUAUGCUGAAACCUUGAAAACAAAGUGUCCUGCACCACCUACAACCUCAGACCCAACAGUUUCUCUUGAUCCUUCAACUCCUAUUCGUUUGGACAGCAAAUACUACGAGGGAUUGAUCAACCACCGUGGCUUGUUCACAUCGGAUCAGACGCUGUUCACCACUCAGUCCACAAGGGAAAUGGUUUUGAACAAUGCAAACAACGGUGCAAGUUGGUCUGAGAAGUUCUCCAAGGCGAUGGUGCAAAUGGGUUCCAUACAAGUGCUCACUGGGUCAAAUGGUGAGAUCAGGAAGCAUUGCAGCUUUGUUAAUUAA